AAAAAAAAACAUUAUUCAAAUAUAACUUUUCUUUUUACUAUACAAACUACAAACAUGAUUUCAAGUAUUCUUUUCAAACUAAUUGUGUUGGUGUCCUUCUUGCAAUGGAUGAUGGCUUGCUCUGCUGGUCCAAUCAUGAUGGAUGAUUCUUCUUCGGCCUUGAUGGAUGCAUCUGAAAUACCUCUUACUGCCAAUGAUGGAAAUACUCAAUUGGGCCACCAUCAUGAUGAUGAUGAUGAUGAUGAUGAUUCAUGCCGUCACUAUCGUCGAGAUAAUAAUGCAGCUGAAACUAUGGAUGAUCAUCAAAAGUGGGCACCUCCACGUCCACGUCCUCCUCCACCACCUCCACCUGUCUGGCCUCCUCCUCCCCCACCUGUUUGGCCCCCACCUGUCUGGCCUCCUCCACUUCCACCUGUUUGGCCUCCUCCUCCACCUGUUUGGCCUCCUCCUCCCCCACCUGUCUGGCCUCCUCCUCCUCCUCGUUGGCCCUCUGAUGAAUGAUGGGAUCAUUCUACCACCGCUCUCUUCAUAAUAGUUAGUUAGUCUAUGAUUCAAU